AAAUGGUGAAUUUGUUUGUUCUUGUAGGUACUGUUUCUAGUUUGAUUUGUAGGUAAAAAAUGAAGCACAUAAUUAACUAAUUUUCUGUAAUUGUGAGAUGAAGUGAAUCAAAUAAAAUGUAGCCGAUGAAGAAUAUUGAAGAUCAUUAAAAUAAGUUAACUUCAGAUAGUAGGUACAUUUGUUGUAAAUUUUAUGUUCUAAGAAUGGAUUCUAAAGAAGACGCAGUGUUUGAUCUUCUCACCGAGCUGUGUACUAAAACAGCAGUGAAGUACACCUCAAACAUAAGACUCUCACAAAAGAAAUUAGUAACCAAAAUGAGGUCUCGCUCAUACGAGAUUAUUUUAAAGAAAUCAUCUGAAGAAAUACCACAAUCUACGAGAGAUCCUAUAUCAGAUAUGCUUUGUUAUUACUUUGUUAAUCAUCAAAAUUCUAAAAAUAUUGGGGAAUAUAAGAGAUUGGUGGACCUAAAGAAGAUUAUAAGUGUUCUUAGAUGUAAAUGCUUUGGAGACCAUCAAGAUGACAUCAAGAGUGUGUUGAAGUUGCUUGUGGGUUUGAGUGAUACAGCAAAAGAAGAUAUAUCUUCGAAGUUAUAUCAGAGUCCAUUUUCCUAUGGAGUUUUGGACAAGAUGUUGCCAAAACCGCCAAUUCAGGCAUUUGGGUCCCCUCAACCAUAUUCAUACUAUCCAUCCCAAGUGUUUGAGUUACCAUACUCCUUAAGAUGCCAAGCCAAUAACUUGGAAAAGGGUCAAUCUCAAACAUACACUGAGUAUACUGUGCAGAGCUUUGAUUCUAAAUCCCUUCUAGCAGACAUAAAUUCGCCAAAGCCACAGUCAUCGGAAGUCAAGACAUUUCUCAGCCCAAUAUCAUUGGUAUCAAUGACGUCUACCCAUUUAUCUCCAUACUCGGAGACAAUGUUCAAUUAUCCUCGUCUCACUGGUCCGAGGGACCUCAACAUACCAGGUUCAAGUGAAGUCAAUGUGAAGGUUUCGUUUCAAAGUACGACCACAAAGUCUUACAUGCGAGAGAUGUACAGAGCAACCAAUGAUGACGGUAUGGUCGAUAUAUGGGAGUUAGCUACACAAGUAGAUAAGGACAUACCCGAAGACAUUUGGGAAAUUGUUGCAAAACUUCCGCCGCUAAACGAGCGCCAACUGAUAGCUAGUUCCCCAAGAGAAAUGCGAUUGUGGCGCCUCCUACAUGAAGAUGUGAUGUCGGAGUUACAUAUCAUAUCAGAGAAACAGUUUAUACGGCAUGUUAUGUACCUUAUAAUUGGAAUAGAAACCAGCUCAUUCCCCUUCAACGAAGAGUGGAACUGCUUCACCAUGAAAGAUAAUUUAGUACUGGAAGCUAUAUCUCGUGAUAAGUUAAGAGGUUACGUAUCGGAAUUGUUGACGAUUGGAACAUAUUACAGAAGGUUGUAUAGGUUCGCCUUCAAUCAGAUCACGGACGACCAUUUUCAUACGCGGGGAUUGGUUUAUGAGGCUGCCCGGGAAGUAAUAAGGCGGUACCUUCUAGAGUUCCGUCUUCUAGCUACAGAGAUAUAUGAGCAAUGUAACAAAAGUUCGAUAGAUGACGCUAACUGCAUCCCCACUCUUUUGCAAAUCUUGCACCACGUCGAUGCUCGUAAAUAUGAGAUUGAGACCAUAGCAUCCAUUUAUAAGAUGGCCGAUACUGAAACGAACACUCUGCCUCAAGGUGCUGAGCUGAUGUCAUAUCUCUUUAAUGAGAUAUAUCUAGUCACGCACAAAAGAACAGCCUUCACUAUGUUCACCUCACUCUUAUCUCUAUGCAAGGUUUACUUCAAAUUCAUCGAACGAUUCAUAUUCGAAGGUGAACUAGACGAUAAUUUCAACGAGUUUUUCAUCCGCAAAGACUCGCAGUACAUCAACAGUCGAACCAAACGGUAUUGGGACAAGGGGUUCCACAUAACUCAGAGUGUUGCCAUUCCCGACUUUCUUCGAGCGCUUGCUAAGUGUAUAUUGUUGUGUGGGAAGUCAUUGAGGCUUUUGAAGAUGUGCAACCCUUCUGACCCCUUACUCCUUCUGAUUUCAUCUGACCACCCCUCGAUAUCGUGCUGCGUGAGUUUCGAGGCUCUGUCCCGCCAGCAACAGCUGCUAGACGUGUACAGAACAAGAUGUCUGUUCGUUAGCGGGGAGCCGGCCAGCUUCCAGCAGAUCAUGUUGAAGAGAGAGGCUGAGAGGAAGGCAUUUACGGAGAUGGCUACGCUGAAACAAGCUGAGACUAUGGAUAAGAUUGUUGCUGAAAGAAAACGAUUAGCGCAGCUCAUAAUAGCUGAGAAGCAGCAUUCGCUUAGGGUCCUAGAAGCGGCGAUGGCGGAAACCAAGGCAGCAAAAAGCCGGUCGAAGAGACGGGAGAAAAUACGAAGCGAUCUGGAGAAGGCUGCCGACGCCGUUAGCGACCAGAUCGACGCCAAGCUUAGAGAUGAUGAAAAGAAUAAAAUCAUGGAAUAUUAUUCAAAGCUUAACAUAGAAGUGGAAAAGAGCAAAAUUCACACAGAGUGGAAGAUAAAGCGGCUGCAAUUGGACGAGAGUAGAAUUCAACUACUUUCCACUGAGGAGAGGAAUCUGAAAAGGGAGAAAUUGGAACUUGAACACCAGAAGAAUGAAGAAUGUAUGGCGAUGUCCAUACAGAGUAUAGACCACGAUGACGAAAAUGAAGCCAGAGAUAUAUCCAAUCCUACAUCUGAAGUAGAGCUAAAUGUUACUGAUCUGAAUGAGAUACAAGACAAUCCACCAGUUGUUCAAAGUCAUACUGUAUUCAGUGCUAUUUGCAACGCAGCCAGAAGCAUCUUUGGUGUUUCAAAUUCUGAUGAUAAAUGCGACAAUAAAAAGAAACUCGACUCACAAGGCAACGUCGUCGAAAUACAAAGCACGUCCAGUGCAGAUAUUGGUAAAAAUUUAAACGAAGCAUACGACAACUUGCAAUUUCUUAAAAUGCGACAAGAAGCGUUGGUCAAUAAACAGAAAGUCAUGGCGCACGAAUUCGGACAGAUCGAUAAAGAGAACAAUCAAAUGAAAGAUCCUUCAAUGACUAGUAUAGUGGAUGAAGAGAAUAAUUUUCAGGAUUGGUCACCGUUUGCGCAAGCUAGGAGGAAUAAACUCAAAGUUCUCGGUGAUGAGUUUGGUUUACCAGUGACGGAAGUAACAAAAGCCGAGCCGAUAACUGAUGCUCAAAAAGAAGCGUUAGUUAAUAAACAAAAAAUUUUAGGUGUCGAAUACAACUUACCUGCUGAAGUGAUGGUCAGGAAUGACCCCGCUAAUGUGGCUCAAGAAGAAGCUGUGAGGAACAAGAUUAAAGUGUUAGGUUCAGAGUAUGGUUCUGUAGAAAGUCCGAGAAGGGACGCGAAGAAAAAUCUAACGUUGAAUUUGAAGCCGUACGGAGAAUGUUCUAGUCAAAGUCUUGGAGUGACGCCUAGCACGGGAGCGGUGACACCGGGCGACAUAUUUCCUAGGCUGGAUUUAGAGACCCCAACAACAGCUGAAAUCCACCUCGAGGGUCCGAUGACAAGCGACAUAUUUUCACCCCAAAGCGAAACCAAAGAGAUGGAGUCAUUAAAAACCAUAGACAAAGAGUACAUAUCGACCGACGGCUUUGCUUUCCCUAUCAUAGACGACGAAACGAUAGACUCAGAGGUGCCAAGUGAUGUACAAAUACAAAGUCCAGAAAAUUCUCCAUCUAAAACCACAGAAGCGACGUUUCGGAGGCAACUCUCUAAGAAUUAUUCUGUCUUCGACUUAUUGGACAGUUCUUACGAUCUAGCCGAUUUUGAUCCGUUCGGUGUCAAACACUGGGACAAGUACUCAAAAGAUUAUUUCAAUAAAAAGAUGGAUACUGAAAUGGCAUUCUCUUGUUACACGCAUCCAGCUGUGAUUAUGGAAGAAGUGAAAAAGUCGCCGUAUUCAAACAUUUUCGCGCAUAUUUGCGUUGAAGAAAAAGAUGAAUCAAUUACAUGUGAUAAUAUAGCGACACUGACCGCUUGUUUACAAAGAUCUGUGAUGCUACCGCUGACAUAUCAAUUAGAAGUUGUUAAUAAUUCUAUUUUAUCAUAUUUCUUGGUGAAUCUCGAUAUGUAUGAGCAUCUAAGGUGUUUGAAGGAUUACUUCUUUCUAAUGGACGGCGAGUUUUCGAGAAGUAUCUGCCACAAUUUGUUCUCAAAAUUGUCUAAGACGUUGAAUCCUCACGAACUGCUGAACUUUGCGACGUUACACAAUAUUCUGGAUAAGGCACUGGGGUCAUCAAUAUCUCACUUGCACAAAUUCUCAGAGAAGCUAUCGUUCAUGAUGUCGGAACCGCCGCUCAGUCUCCAGCACAGUUCACCAGACGCAUUGUCUUGCCUCUCGCUCACGUACGCAGUAAAAUGGCCGCUAAAUAUUAUACUGUCAAACGAAGCUUUGUUACGAUACGCGCGGGUGUUCCAAUUCCUGCUCAAAAUGAGGAGGAUUUUCUGGGUGCUCGGGGAGGAUUUUCAGCUCCUAAAACAAGCAUCAAAACAGUUCUCCCGCAAACUGCUCCGCUCCCCGCAAUACAGGUCCAUACAAAUCUACCGGCACACCAUGGCUUCGCUCAUCCGAGCUCUGGACAACUACAUAGUAACCACAUGCAUUCUGACCUCCUGGGUGGAAUUCGAGAAUGACCUCAAAAAGGCCAGGACACUAGACGAUCUGUACGAUUGUCACGUGGUUUAUAUAAAAAAGGUGUUGUUUCGAUGUCUAUUGAAUAACAGGUCGACGCCGGUCAUGAAGUUGUUGAAUGAUAUUUUCACAGUGAUCUUGAAGUUUAGUCGCGUUUUGAAGGCUGGGGAAUGGAACCAAAAGGAACCCAACGGUCACUUCACACACUCCAAUUUCAACCAGCUUCAAGAACUGUUCCAUUUGUUCGAGAAACUUGCUAAAGUCGUGCACAAAGUGGUGACAAGGCUCAUGGAAUGCGGUUACCAGCGACAUCUAGUGGAACUGUUGACUAUGAUUAAUUUGAACGGGUAUUAUGACCCUGAGAAGUCCAAAGAGGAGCAUAACACUAGCGCUAAAGAAAAGAGUAUUAAUGUUUCAGGAUUUAAUGGUUAAUAUUGUAAUACCUUAGGUAUUAAAAUCGAUUGCGAAGAUUCGAAGAAUUGAUAGAUUGCAUGAUUUUUGAAUGAUGUCUGAGUCAGUUGAUUUUCGUUUUUUGGGCCCAUUGUCCUUAUCCUUCUGAGUAAAGCCAUUGCUCAGGUUUAUUAAACUGUGCAGUGGAAGGUUUAUAUGUAUAAAGACACGUUGCAGAGUUGUGUUGUGACUGACAAGCACAGUUGUGUCUGUAGUUAUUGUUUAUCGUAUACGUGUUCUAUAUUUGUAAUCAUGAUUGCAUACGAAACUCGUUGUGAGGUUAGGUAAAUUAUAUACUACAAUAUUUUAGUGUACUUGCCAUUAUGUUUAUGCUAUCAUGGAAAUCUUUGUCUUAUAUUUUAUUACAAUUUCUAGAAUGUGAUAUUAAUUUUCCCACCAAGUGCUUUAUAUUGUAAAAGUAUGUUAAAUAAUUGUGGAUUUUCUCAUUAUUAUUAUGUGUUAAUUGUUAUGUGAACAUGAUUAUUAUAACCAGUUAAAAUUAACUCAAAAAAUAUAAUUUAGUUAAGUCGGAUUUACACCUCCGGCAAAAUUUAUGAAAUAAGAGCCAUUGCCGCGAUGAACUACGUUGUAGAUGGUCGUGCUCCUGUUGUUUUGUUUAGGUUUUGACAAUCACGUGCGUUGACGUACGUCGAAACUAUCUGUCGACGGUCGACGGACGUCAAAACGACGGAGCCCUACUGAGCAAUGAGGCAUGGCUCUAAAGGUAUUUUCGACCAUGGCCCUUUUACCACCUGGUGCAGAAGCAAGUUUAGAAAAACUACAAAUGAUGUUGAAUCAGUUAUUGAUUCUUGUUAUCUUAAUUUUUAACGUCUUAUUGUUGCAUUCAUAUAUAUAUUAAAGCGAUUUGUAAAUAGCAUUAACUGUAUAUGAUCAUUGUAAUCUUCAUUAUGUUGUACGCUCUCUAAUUAAACUUAUUUACACUGA